AAAUCUCAACGUGAAAGUGAACCGACGUAAGAAAAUCUGGAAAGAAUAGAAACUCAGUGAAAGUUUUUUGCAGAGAAGCUGUGAGUUCUGAUUCAGAGCUGAAGAAAGCUAUUGAGUGAAGCAAAGCAUUUUUUUUUUUAAGGUUUCUUAAAUCAGGAUAACCGUUAGGAAAUACUAAAUUCUAAGCUGAUCUCUUCACUGGACUUUCUCUUUCUGUAUCGCUGUUUUCCUUUUUUAAGUUCAAGCUCUGUCAGCUGUGAAACUCUGAACACCGUUUCUUAUGUUAGAGACUGACCGAAGAACCCUUAGAAAUCAUGUUCACUGAAGGACUUGACAACAAUGCCCUCAAAUGGGUUCGAGAGAAGGAACUUCCAUAUUCCAAUUCUAGCUUAAGGCCUCGAAUGGAUCCAAUUACCAACAUCAGUAACGGUGGCCGGAAUAUUGGCUUGCCACCGCCAGCGAAAUUCAGAAGUGGCCACUUGCCGGUGACGGCGAUUCCGGUGACUUCCACUACUUUAACCGGUGGCGACGACAGUGCCUCUGCUUCUGAAAAUGACGUCACCACUGACUCGGAGGACGAUACUGUUUAUGGAGGGAGGUAUUCUCUUGAUUCUUCUCCUCAAGAUGAAAGAAUUCCUAAUGGAACUGCUCUUAGAUAUGGAAAUCCAGUCCAAAGGCGGCCGCGAUACGCCACUGCCAGUGAUUACACAUAUUCAGAUGUUAGCUCGUCGAGGGAGACGCUAAUGGGAGGGAUAGGAGGGAAUUUGGGGGACAGGUUAGGGAGAGGGAAUGGGAGAUAUCCUGUUGGGAGGGAUGGUUUUACUGAGGAGGAUGAGUCUUCCGAUUCAGCAGGUAGCUCUGAGUUUUCGACUACACAAGUGGGGAGUAUCAAUGGUCGAAUUCCUCGGAGUAGGACUUAUGUUUCAGAAGGAUAUGCCUCAAGUGUGCCUUCUCGGGUUAAUGUGGAAAGUGCAGCUGGAAAGGAUUUGAACUCUAGAAAGCUACAACAUGAAAAGUUCUCUGAUGAUGAUAUUCCAAGUGCACCACCAUUCUCAGGUUCAGUGCAGGAAGUUAAACAAGAUGCUGAGCACAUAGCAGCGUCUGAAAUACAUAGCACCCCUCGUGCAGCAGAUUCACUUGAUCCAAAAAAAUUCAAAUCCAUCUCUGGAGUUAAGCCAGAGCAAAAUAUGAGCAACCGGAAAUCUGAUGAGUUUGUAAGAAGUGGUGCCGGUGCAGAAACUGCCACUGCAUCUUCAGGUGUUCAUCCAGCUCGUGUCCCAACAUUUCAUGCAAGUGCUCUUGGACCUUGGCAUGCUGUAAUUGCCUAUGAUGCAUGUGUUCGACUUUGCCUUCAUGCUUGGGCUAGGGGUUGCAUGGAAGCUCCAAUGUUUCUGGAAAAUGAAUGUGCUCUGUUACGAGAUACAUUUGGUUUGCAACAAGUCUUGUUGCAAUCAGAAGAGGAACUAAUGGAAAAGCGCUCUUCAGAGCUUACCAGUGAGGCAGCUGCCCCAAAGCCCCAGAAAAUUAUUGGCAAGAUGAAGGUGCAAGUGCGCAAAGUUAAAACAACAUUGGAUCCGCCAGCUGGCUGUAGUAUGUCAUCGCUUAGUCUUAGGGCACCGGUGAUUAAGCUGGAGGCUAUACGGUAUCGCUUGUCCAAUUUUCAAUCAACAAUCUCUUCAAGGUGGCAAGCUCUUAGAAAGAUUCGUGUUGCACCUCGUUUGCCUGCAAAUGGUUCUUUCUCACGCCAAAGUUUGGCAUAUGUGCAUGCUGGAACUCAAUAUAUAAAACAAGUAUCUGGACUGCUGAAAAUUGGUGCGACAAGUUUACGCAAUAGUUCAUCAUCAUAUGAAAUUGUGCAAGAAACAUACUGUUGCACGCUAAGACUGAAGAGUUAUACUGAAGAAGAUGGCGUAAGGAUGCAACCUGGAUCUGGUGAAACACAUGUCUUCUUCCCGGAUAGUUUGGGAGAUGAUCUUAUUGUUGAAGUUCAGGACUCCAAGGGGAAGCAUUUUGGCCGUGUCCUUGCACAAGUGGCUAGUAUUGCUGAAGACUCGACUGACAAGCUGCGCUGGUGGUCCAUUUAUCGUGAGCCAGAACAUGAACCUGUGGGCAAGCUGCAGCUCUAUAUAAACUACUCAACGAGUUCAGAUGAUAAUAGUCAGCUCAAGUGUGGUUCUGUUGCAGAAACAGUUGCAUAUGACCUUGUCUUAGAAGUUGCAAUGAAGGUUCAGCGUUUCCAACAAAGGAAUUUACAGUUGUACGGUUCAUGGAAAUGGCUAUUAACUGAGUUUGCCUCAUAUUAUGGAGUUUCUGAUGUCUACACCAAGCUACGGUAUCUUUCCUAUGUAAUGGAUGUGGCUACACCUACUGCUGACUGCCUCACAUUGGUGCGUGAAUUGUUAAUGCCUGUUGUUAUGAAGGGCCACAGUAAGAGCACAUUGAGUCAUCAAGAGAAUCGAAUUUUGGGAGAAACCAAAGAUCAGAUUGAGCAAAUUCUUUCUCUAGUUUUUGAGAACUACAAAUCACUUGAUGAAUCAGCAUUCUCGGGCAUUAUGGAUGUGUUCAAGCCUGCAACAGGGCUUGCAGCACCUGCACUUGAACCUGCUGUCAAACUGUAUACUCUUCUACAUGACAUAUUAUCUCCAGAAGCCCAGACAAAUCUGUGCCACUAUUUCCAGGCUGCUGCAAGGAAGAGAUCAAGAAGGCACUUGGCUGAGACUGAUGAAUUUGUUACCACCAACAAUGAACCCAAUUUUAUGGACCCUGUUGCUAUGUCUACCGCCUACCAGAAGAUGACAUGCCUUUGCAUGAGCAUUAAAAAUGAGAUAUUCACUGAUAUUGAGAUUCACAACCGACAUAUACUUCCCAGUUUUAUAGACCUUCCAAAUCUGUCAGCAUCUAUAUACAGCACAGAGCUUUGUGGUAGAUUACAUGCAUUCCUUCUUGCAUGCCCACCAUCUUGCCCUUCACCACCUGUGGCAGAACUUGUUAUUGCCACAGCAGAUUUCCAACGGGAUCUUGCCAGCUGGAACAUAAGUCAUGUGAAAGGUGGAGUGGAUGCAAAGGAAUUGUUCAACUUGUACAUCAUGAUAUGGAUUCAAGAUAAGCGGCAAUCUCUACUCGAGUCAUGUAAAUUAGAUAAGGUAAAAUGGUCAGGGGUUAGAACACAACAUUCUACUACUCCGUUUGUUGAUGAAAUGUAUGACCGACUGAGGGAGACCUUGAGUGACUACGAAGUCAUCAUCUGCCGAUGGCCUGAAUAUAUUUUUGUGCUGGAAAAUGCUAUUGCUGAUGUUGAGAAGGCAAUAGUGGAAGCUCUGGAUAAGCAGUAUGCAGAUGUAGUAUCUCCUUUGAAGGAAAAUUUGGCACCUAAGAAAUUUGGCCUGAAGUACAUGCAGAAACUUGCUAAACGAUCUGUAUGCUCCUACACUGUUCCUGAUGAGCUGGGCAUUCUGUUGAAUUCUAUGAAGAGGAUGCUUGAUAUUCUACGUCCCAAGAUAGAGACCCAGUUCAAGUCAUGGGGUUCUUGCAUCCCUGAUGGUGGAAACACCGCCCCAGGGGAGCGUCUUAGUGAGGUCACAGUGAUGUUGAGAACCAAGUUCAGAGGGUACCUGCAGGCUGUUGUUGAAAAACUUGCUGAGAAUACCAAAUUACAGAACUCAACAAAAUUGAAGAAGAUUCUCCAAGAUUCUAAAGAAACAGUGGGAGAGUCUGAUAUACGAGGCAGAAUGCAGCCAUUAAAAGAACAGCUGACAAAUACAAUAAAUCACCUUCAUACUGUUUUUGAGACUCACGUUUUCAUUGCAAUUUGCCGAUGGUACUGGGAUCGGAUGGGACAGGAUGUUCUCAGCUUCUUGGAAAACAGGAAAGAAAAUAGAUCGUGGUAUAAAGGUUCCAGAAUUGCUGUAUCUAUUCUGGAUGACACUUUUGCAUCACAGAUGCAGCAGCUCGUUGGCAAUGCACUCCCAGAAAAAGACCUUGAGCCACCAAGGUCUAUCAUGGAGGUGCAAUCGAUGCUUUGUAAGGAUGCUCAUAAUCACAAGGACAACUCAUUCUACUACUAGGCACAGUUAUAUGGGUAGAUAUGAUUGAGCUGGAAGCACAUCACAACUAAAGCCUUGGAGGAGGUUGAAGAAGACCUUGGAAGAAAAAGUUGCCAUGAGAUGAGAUGAUCUCAGUGGCCUUCUGGAAAAGGAGAUGACUGAAUUUGGUCAUCUGUAUAUGUAGGACACACUUCCGGGAAACUACCUACUAGCUAGGUCUUACAGUUUUGAAAGGGAGCAAGUGACUCGACUGCUCUAAAUUUAUAGGUCUGCUCUCAUAAAUACAGAUAUUUAUAAGUAUAAAGAAUACUGAGAAAAUUGAAAUUCUUUGCCCUCA